GCAAAUUAAUAUAUAAUAGCAAUGAGUUCUGUAUUGAAUAAACCUAAAUCUGAAAUGACAGAGGAGGAACUCCGUCAACAAGAAGAACUCGAAUUCAAUACCGGUCCUCUCUCUGUUUUACAACAAUCAGUAAAAAAUAACAACCAAGUUUUGAUCAGUUGUCGUAACAAUCAUAAACUUUUAGCUCGUGUGAAGGCAUUUGAUCGUCAUUGUAACAUGGUUCUUGAAAAUGUUAAAGAGAUGUGGACUGAAACACCUCGUAGUGGUAAGGGUUCAAAGGCAAAGCCUGUGAAUAAAGAUCGUUUUGUUAGUAAGAUGUUCCUUCGUGGUGAUACUGUUGUUCUUGUUCUUAGAAACACUGUAUAAAUAAAGAGAUAAAAUCGAUAUUAUGAAUAAUAAUAAACAAAAAAAAAAAAAAAAAAAAAAAAAGAAAAA